AAAGACAAUGAUGAAGUUAUUGGUGAUUGUGACGUUGUUCCUUUAUGGAAGUCAAGCUCAAAGACCUUGGAAUCCGCAGGGUAAAAUCAACGGCGAGACGUAUGGUAUGUGCUUAAUUGAAAACAUGUUUGAUAAUUACGGGAGCCAUAGUUUAGCAAUUUUACUUUUUAGUAUUACUGAUUAUUUUUUAACUUCGCUAUAAAAUAUAUUAACAUCUGAUUGAGUAAUUUGUUUUGAGCCGUUCAUUCUUGAGCGAAGCCGGAUGUAUUUGGUCAUUUAUGGUAGCUUCACAAAAGGUACCAUAUGUUCUCAUUGUUCCAGACAUUGUCUGAGCGUACAAUAUUGUACAAGUAUUAUUAAUUGCACAGGAGCAAAAUUGGAAUUUUAAUUCCAUAUCACAUAAUCAUAAUCAACCAAUUAAAUUACCAGAAUUUAAUGAGGUGUUAUAUAAUACUUAUAUAAUAAUAUGUUUCUUUUCUAGAUGAUGAGCCAUCCCUUCGUAAGUUCAAUGGAUUCGCAGACAUGCGCAUAGUAUCAGAUUCACGUAACUAUCAUACUGAAUAUUUCUUUAUAGAUAUGGGAUAUACAGUUAUUUGCCUAUAUGUCAAUUAAGGUUGUCAUUGUCAAGUGUACAAUCCAAACACGAAUAGCAAGAUGGGUUGUAUAUAUAUAUACGUACCUAAUAUUUUUAACUGCUUAGGUUUCCUGGCAAUUCUCAGAGGUUUGCAUGUAAUUUCUGUAAACACGUACAUAAAUUUACAAAUUAACGGUUGAAGUUGGUAAGUAAAAAGCUAGGUAUAUUGUCCUCUUGACUUCAGAAAAUACGUACUGAGUUCUCCAUCUUUGUCUGGGUUGUAAGCCCAUCUUGACCAAUUCGAAAACUAAGUACCACAGUUUUGUAUUAUUUUAUGCAUAUACAUUGCUAGGCUGAUAAAUAAUUUUUCAACAGAGACUGUUAAGUGCCAAGGUUUAAUAUCGAAACAAUCUAUGGAAGCAAAAUUAUAGCCCUCUGAAAGACGCAAAUAGCACAAAAACAAGGCUAUAUAGUCCAACUUGUUUGCUAAAUCUAGCAUAAUCGUCGGUAAUUUUGACAUUUAAUUUCUUAAAGAGAAUACAUGAUUUUCGGAAGAAAAAAUGACUAUUGACAAUUUUUAUGUCAUAUCAAGCGAUUGAUUUAAAGAGCUGUAUUGUAAAUAAUUAUGCGAAAAUAUGGUAGAUGCUCACCACUUCAAAUCCUAAGAGGCGAUUUAUAAUACAUUUCACUUGGAUUGUACAUUUGACUAUAGGUGACUUUCAAGCAAUCCCGCAAAACUUUAACACAAAAGCAGAGGAGGGCAACUAAUGAGAUUUUGAUGAGAUUCUUUUGUGUAAAUUACCUUUCAUGCAUGCAUGUUCACUGAACUGUAUCAUGAUGAAAAGAGUGACCUAAUGCUUGUGACAACAUUGAUUGGAAUAGCUGCAUAUGGGAUCGUAUGUUGUCGCUUAUAUUCUGAUCGUUGUUUAACAAUUAUUCGCCGAAGGCGAGGUGAUUAUUGGUGAAUAAAAACCGAGACGAAGUCGAGGUUUUUAUUCACGAUAAUCACCGAGCCUGAGGUGAAUAAUUGUUAAUUUAGUAUAAUUUCAUAGUUGAUUAUUUGGAAAGAAAUACAAAAUACACAUUUUGUCGUCAUUUAAUUGACAAAACGGCUUCGGCUGCCAUUUUGAAAAUCGCUUGGGUGAUCAUCGCGUUAUAAUCACCUCAACGGCAACCAAUCAGCGUGGAGAAUUUUCAAUAAUCAUCUAUGUAAUUUUACUAAAAGACGUUAACCUUGCCUUUGUUUGCUGUUUAUAAAACAUACUGUUUAUUAAUAACUAAUUGCAGAGCACCGGUCACAGCUUUUACAUCCAGGGGGGGGGGGGGGCUAAGACUCCCUAAAAAUAGAUUAAGUUUAUAUGUUUUGGUCAAAAAGCGUGAGCUUUUCCCAUCGCCAAGUAGUUCGACUAUGCUAAUUUACCAACGAUUUUAUCCCCUAUCAAUUCAUGCAAAUUGACACAGCCAAUUAUAUGAAGUAAUUUUUCGCAGUAUUGUUGUCCAAAUUCUUUAAUUCGGUGCCAAAAAGCACAUGAAAUGGCAUUUCUGAGCCUCCUUUUUUCACAUUUUUCCGGGAAGAAUGCCCCCGGAUUCCCCCAAGUUACCAGCCCCCAAACCUAAAUAUCUUCCAAUACGCUACUGCUGUGUGACUGUUCGAUCAUGUUUUACAUGUCUUAAUUGUUUGCACUUAGCUGAAAAUUAAUUACGGUGCCAAACUUAGCUGAAAAUUAGCACCCCCCCCCCCCGAAAAAAAACCAUUCCCCAGCCACCAGCCACCAGCCACCAUGCAAGAGUUCAACUUCUUCUGCUCCCUGCAAAUUCCGAGUAACAGACUUGAAACAAAUUUUAAACAAAAAUAGUUCUUCAUGUAAUUUUCCUUUCUGAUUUUCAGCUAUUUGCAUGAAAGACCUCCUGCUGAUUCUCGAUACAUCGCUUUCUGUCCAGGCGUAUUUCGAAAGAAAUAUGAAACCAUUUCUUAAGAUGCUUGUCACAGACAAAGAUCUCCACGUUUCCCGUAAUGGUACACAGAUUGCGCUGAUGAUAUUCAGUGAGGAGAAAAAGACCAAGGUCUUGUUAGACUUUGGAAAGAUUUAUGAUGCUGAUAAACUGGCGCAGUUUAUCGAUAAAUUGAAAUGGGAUGAUAUUAAAGGAGGUUUUACAAGAACUGAUGUUGCUUUUAGAAUCGCUAAUAAUAAGGUACAGUAUGAUCAUGAUCAAAGUUCAGAAUUCCCUUCUGACAAAUUCGCCCAAAGAUAGUAGUAGCAACAUUAACUUCAGACAUUUCAAUACAUUGUUACUAUAAAUAACAAGGGUGGGUAGUAGCGAAGUAGUUGUAGUUCGCUACUGUAGCGAACUACAAUUUUCAAGUAGCCAGUAGUUUUUGACUACAUUUUUAAAUCAGUAGCUGUAGUUAUAGCGAACUACAUUUUGCCUAAAAGUAGCCAAGUAGUUAACUACUUUUCAAACAGCAAAUCGCUAUUCGCUACUUUUAAAAAUUGUUAACAACUUGACAGAAUAGCAUGAUAUUGAGACACGGUUUGCUUAAAAGUCCAUCAAGAUCAAAUUUUGGAAUCGUGCAAUAUAUUACAAAAACUCUUAGAAAAACCUAAAUAAUCAAAGCACAUCAAUAGACCUUAUGCAUAAUGACGUCACAAGGCUUGAUCCCCGCGAGGAAUGCUGGUCUUGGCCAUUUUGAAUUGUUUAAUUUUCCUGGGCGAUGACUGCUAAGACCAGCAUUCCUCGCGGGCAUGAAGCCUUGUGACGUCAUUGUGCAUAAGGUCUAUUUCCUGACUAUGACAUGUUAUGUAAAUUAUGUAUCAUGAGCAAAUUAUACAAUGGACAACAAUUGCCCAUUCAGUUUACUUUGUCCAGCAAAGCAAGAUAAACUUUUGCUAAUUUCUUGUCCACUUUUAUCCAAAUUAAGCCAAAAUUUAAUCAAUUUGUGCAAUAUAUAUUUUUUUUCUAAAUUGAAUUUUUGUGUAAUAUUUAAUAUUACUAUAUAAGGCUAAUAAACUGGUGUUAUUAUAUAAUGAGGAUGACUUCGACUCAUACGCCCAACAGUUUUUUUGAGGUCACCUUGCCACUAUAUUAUUCCUUGUGUGUUUGAAAUAAUUAUCGCGUGGCAAAAAAAUUAAAUUAAAUUCAAAUUCAAUGUCUAUUGGACCCACACCUAUUUUCCUAUUAAUACCUUUGAUAUUAUUAAGUUAUCGUGCUUGACAGGCAAACACACAAGCACACAUAUACAAACGCUGAUGGAAACAUAGCCUCCUGGCUGGGGCAAUAAUCAAAUAUUUUUCAAACUAGGUGUUUACUCAAAAAAGUCCAAAAAACAACAGACCUGACAUAGAUGACGUCGUGGCAAUUAUCACAGAUGGAAACCCUUGGGGAGUGGUAGACAUUUUGAACAAAACUAUGAAAAAUGCAAAUCUCAUAAAAGAAAAGGGAAUUGUUAUUGUUGGUGCCGCUGUGGGAAGUGAGGAGAUGAGAGCGGAAUUUAGGCCCAAUCUUGAAAGGAUGGCUACGUCACCAGGACAUGUCGUCCAGGCUGACUAUAAGAAUAUCAACACCAUCCGUUCGAGGCUUAUUGAAAAUACCUGCAUGAAACCUGCAAGUAAGACGACAACGUGUUUAGUACUUUAUUUAAAAAUACUAUAUCAGUAACUAUUUAUAUUACGACUGUUCAUGUUUUUUAUAACCUGUUACCAAAGCAUUGACAAAGCACAACAUGUUUGCAUAUAGCGCAGGAAAUUCAUCCACAUGUUGUAUUUUGUGGUUGUGUUGGAGAAAUAACUCUUUAAGAUUUAAUAUAAAAGAUGAAACCGUAUAUUUUUCAAUAUAGUUCUUAGAUCAAUAAAUGAGGGAUUGAAAAGACUUGCACCAUUAUAGGACAUCUUAACUUUGCUGAUUUCGGCUUCAACUAUCAAAAGGGAGCCUCAAAUCGGUCUGAGUAGGCCUUGUGUCAGCAAUGGACACUUCAUGACAAAAAGCAAACAUAUUGCGCAAAUCAACUGGCAAUGACGUUUUCGAACAUUUAAAAACCAGAAUAUUUUUUUUUCAUCUUAAUGAUAUUCUGAACAGGAAUCCGGCAUUAUAAUUUGCGCAACAACCCCUAUUAGUCUUAGAGAAUGAUUGUGCAAAACAUUUUGAUGUAUUUGAAAUACUCAUUAAUAAGUCAUGAAGAAAAUCCAAAAGAAAUAAAUGUUUAACCAGUAUCCCCAAAUCGGACACAGAUUUUGCCUGAUUCAUGCACAUGUACACGUACGGGCGGAAAAUUAAAAAUUGGGAACGGACAAAAAUGUGUCCGAUUUGGCGGAAAUUGCUCGACAUUGUCAUGGGUUUAUUGAUAGAUGAGCAAAAGGUAAAUAGGAGGAACACAUCUCCUAUACAGUCGCACUGAAAUACGGUAAUCUUAAAACGAUAUAUAAAAAUAUCGACCUAUCUACGAGCAUUUCUGGGAUUUCACUCUCCUCAUUCUACUGCAUGCAAUUUGAAUUUCAUGAAACAAGUUUCAAUCUGUCAUUCAUUUCCUCUUCAUUAAUAUUAAUAUCUUAACAUUAAUACAAUGUCAACCUGAGGUAAAAACAUCACACUUCGAUUUUCAGCGGUUAUCCUCAUACCGCGUUACCUUCCAGCGGCGCAAAUCAAUUACUUUUAAAAGACUCUGUGGAUUCGGUUUGGAAUUUUUAAAUUACCUGCCAAACUUCAAAUUAGCAAAUUUUUAAGAUAUUUAUUCGUCUGACUUUUUGAAGUAUUAAGUUUUAUUGUUAAAUUAACGUUUGGUUUUAAUUCCAAUUUUAGUUUAUGUUUACUCCUAAUUACAGUAACAUCCGUCAUCACCUAAUGCAGAUUUAUUGUAUCAUUUUAUAUAUAUUAUAGGAAAAAUGUGCGGUGACCAAACUUUUGACUCUAAUAAACAAGAAUGCUGCUGUGGUACAAUCCACGACCAGAAGGUUGGGUUCAAAUGCUGUGGUCCAAAGUACUACAGCCGUGAUGCCUAUAAAUGUUGUGAUUAUUCACAUCUUGUUUCCAGCGCGGAUUCCUGUCCAAUUUAUUAACAUUAUAUUCUAUCUGAACUACAGUAAAGUUUUGAUGUUAUAUGUAUUUUAGAUUAGAAGGGAUAGCAUAUAUACAUUACAUUACAUUAUACAUUAUAUUACACAUACAGCUUAGAACGUUAAUAUUGUAUACAUAAAUUACAUUAAUUAAAGC